GGGGUGGGACUUGCACCGGCGUCUCUUCUUCCAACUGCAGUUUGUGGCAGCGCCAUUUUGAAUGUGCUGCUGCAGCGGGCGUGAGUUGGGGGAGGACGGGUUGCCGACUCGCCUACCUAGCGGUCUCUUGAUUGUCGAUAUUUUGUUGGCAUAGGUUUAUGUAGAGACGUAUACAUAUAUAUAGACACACUGUCUAUAAAUCUAGGCCUGUAUCCGGUGUCCGAGGCGAACUCAGUAAGAUGAUGUUAAGAGGAAACCUGAAGCAAGUGCGCAUUGAGAAAAACCCGGCCCGCCUUCGCGCCCUGGAGUCCGCGGUGGGCGAGAGCGAGCCGGCGGCCGCGGCAGCCAUGGCGCUCGCUCUUGCCGGGGAGCCGGCACCGCCCGCGCCCGCGCCUCCGGAGGACCACCCGGACGAGGAGAUGGGGUUCACUAUCGACAUCAAGAGUUUCCUCAAGCCGGGCGAGAAGACUUACACGCAGCGCUGCCGCCUCUUCGUGGGAAAUCUGCCCACCGACAUCACGGAGGAGGACUUCAAGAGGCUCUUCGAACGCUAUGGCGAGCCCAGCGAAGUCUUCAUCAACCGGGACCGUGGCUUCGGCUUCAUCCGCUUGGAAUCCAGAACCCUGGCUGAAAUUGCAAAAGCAGAGCUGGACGGCACCAUUCUCAAGAGCAGACCUCUACGGAUUCGCUUCGCUACACAUGGAGCAGCCUUGACUGUCAAGAACCUUUCUCCAGUUGUUUCCAAUGAGCUGCUAGAGCAAGCAUUUUCUCAGUUUGGUCCAGUAGAGAAAGCUGUUGUGGUUGUGGAUGAUCGCGGUAGAGCUACAGGAAAAGGUUUUGUAGAGUUUGCAGCAAAACCUCCUGCACGAAAGGCUCUGGAAAGAUGUGGUGAUGGGGCAUUCUUGCUAACAACGACCCCUCGUCCAGUCAUUGUGGAACCCAUGGAGCAGUUUGAUGAUGAAGAUGGCUUGCCAGAGAAGCUGAUGCAGAAAACUCAACAAUAUCAUAAGGAAAGAGAACAACCACCACGUUUUGCUCAACCUGGGACAUUUGAAUUUGAGUAUGCAUCUCGAUGGAAGGCUCUUGAUGAAAUGGAAAAGCAGCAGCGUGAGCAGGUUGAUAGAAACAUCAGAGAAGCCAAAGAGAAACUGGAGGCAGAAAUGGAAGCAGCUAGGCAUGAACACCAAUUAAUGCUAAUGAGGCAAGAUCUAAUGAGACGUCAAGAAGAACUCAGACGCUUGGAAGAACUUAGAAACCAAGAGUUGCAAAAACGGAAGCAAAUACAACUAAGACAUGAAGAGGAGCAUCGGCGGCGUGAGGAAGAAAUGAUCCGACACAGAGAACAGGAGGAACUGAGGCGACAGCAAGAGGGCUUUAAGCCAAACUACAUGGAAAAUGGUGAUAAAAGAAAAUGUGGCUGAAGUUAACCGAAGUUCAGCUUGCAGUGUAAUUCAGAAGAGUUAAGACCAGAAGUACUGGAAUCAUACUUCCUUUCAGGUCAGUCCGUAUCUGCUCAUUAUUUUCUAACAGAUCCUUGAGUAUUCAUUUCUUCCUAGUUUUUUCUAGUCAAUUCUUCCCGAUUCUGAUUCUGUGGACUGUAAUGAACAUAUGUAAUGGUCCCAGUGUUUUGAGUCAGUAGAAUAUUUAUGAACAGUUUAUAGCUGAAGCUGAAGCCUCUAUAGCUUGGCCUGUCUUCGUAGGAAACCCUGGCAUCAUGUCUCAGCAAGGCUAGAGGGGACUCUCAGCUUCGCCUUGCCCUCCUCUUUCCUCACUGGUGUAAUGCGUAUAUUGAUUUGUCUUCAGGUAAAACUGGACUAAGAGGGGAAAUGACAUAGAGGUCUUGGAGUGAGGAGAGAGAAAAAAAAGUUCUUUGUAAAAAAAUUUCCUGUUGAUUUUUAAUGACCUCCAAACCUAGAAUUUUAAACUUGUGUUCCUUUGGAAAAUAUGUAAUCUCUUUUUUUUUUUUUUGAGACGGAGUCUUGCUCUGUCGCCCAGGCUGGAGUGCAGUGGCGCGAUCUCUGCUCACUGCAAGCUCCGCCUCCCGGGUUCACGCCAUUCUCCUGCCUCAGCGUCCCGAGUAGCUGGAACCACAGGCGCCCGCCACCACGCCCGGCUAAUUUUUGUAUUUUUAGUAGAGACGGGGUUUCACUGUGUUAGCCAGGAUGGUCUUGAUCUCCUGACUUUGUGAUCCACCCGCCUCGGCCUCCCAAAGUGCUGGGAUUAGAGGCGUGAGCCACCGCGCCCGGCCAGAAAAUAUGUAAUCUUAAAAAUGGAUCCAUUCCUCCUCCUCUGCUUUCUACUUUUUCGGAGAGGGGUCACAAUUUUUCGGUUCUUUUGUUAUGUCACUCUUAAAAUAUUAUUGAAACAUUAAUGCAGUCUUUAUGACAAAAUUCCCAUGGGUACAUUGUCAUCCUAAUAGAUCCAGAAAGUAUUAAGUGUAUGUCUUUUCUAGCUUUUGUCUGGUGAUACUAAACAUUAUUGUGUCUUAUUCUUGCUGCUACAAGUGGUUCUGGGGACUAGGAGUGACAGUGUUGCCUGAGAGCUUCUUGGAAAUGAAGUGUCUCCCACACAGGACACAGAGUCCUGCAAGUCAAAAAGUCCAUUUUAACUGUGAAGAUUAGGUCCUGUGUACUAAUGAAGACGUUUCUUUCUAGGAUUUUUGUGCACUUGGUUUGAGAUGCACUGAUGUAUUCUGUAGUUUUGAGAAAUUAUACCUUUUCAAAGUAUCUUGACACCUCAUGCAGCACAAAAAUGUGACAGCUGUUUUGCAUACUGUACCCAGCUCUAGAAAGUUAAUCUCAGGCUUUGGUUCUCAGGCCUAGACCAGCAGCAUCGCCAUCUGGGAGCUUCAGAAUGCACAUUCUCAAGCCACACCCUCAGCCUAUGCAACAGAAAUUUUGAGGAUGGAAACUAGAGAAUAAUUUUCUAGUCUAUGGAGAUUUUAUUGAAAUUAAACUUUCAAAUUGCUGUAUUAUGUAGGUAACUGAAAAUCCAAAGAACGAAUCUCAUAUAUGGGUAAGGAAAUAUAUGGGAAAGGAAAAAAAAUUGUGUACAUAAGCUGUCUGUGGCAUAGAUCAGGCCUGUGGCAUUCUGUGGCCUUCAAAGAGAGAAGAGGAGAGAGAUUCUAUAAGCUUAUCAGGUAGAUUUGUCAUUGGAACUUUAGGAUUUUUAAAUUUUGGUUAAAAUAUGUGAAUACUGUUACUUCAGUUAAAGUAACUCCUUUUAUAGAUUUUACUUUCUAACAAAGUCAGUGAAAAGUAACCGAGGUUCACUCCAGAAACAUGUAAAGAAAGUAAAAUUAUUAAAAGGCCAAAUAUUUAAUUCUUGUGACAUUGAAUCUGCUUUUAUUAUAAAGAGUUAAGAAAUUGCCAUUUCCAUGACAGUUUCCUCCAUCAACAAUCUUAAUAUUGAAGCUUGAAUUUAGGUCUGCUGGUCAGUGAUUCUAGUCUAGCAAAUUACUUUAGGACUGAAAGCUCUUGUUUCUUUAGAAAAAUAUACUAUGGAGAUUAGAUCCUGUUUACUAGUGAAGACUCUGUCUCUUUUCCAGGUCAAAACAUUUUGUGGGAAAUAUCCUGUUCGUGACCUAGGAGAAACAAGACAGAAAACAAAUCUUACUUCAUUUAUGAAUUUCUUACUCCAUACAAGCAGUUUAUGGAUGUCUGGGCAAUCAUAGCACUUGCCAUUUAAAAACAUGCUACAGGGGCACAUUUUCUGUGGUUAAAAAUGAUCUCCAGAAUAAGUGUAAACUGCAGUUUUCCUUUGCAUCGAGGGUUUUGGCUUUUUAUUUGUAAAUUAAAUCAAGAUGUUACCCACUCCUUGGUGUGGUGGUCUUGCUGGUUCGUGUUGGGAAGUAGUAUGGCAGCAAUGCACAAAUUCAGAAUAGCCAAGAAAUCCCUCCUUUUCAACGCUCUGUGCCUGGAACUAUUAGAGGAGUUUUAAAAACCAUCCCUCAUAGCCCACAAUUUUGGGUCAACUCUCAAAAUUGGGAAUAAGAAAACUGGCAUUGUUGGGAGAAAAAUCGUUCUUACUGAAGCAUGAACUGGCUCAGGCAAGCAAAUAGCGGGAGUCGGCACAGGAAGGAGUGUGUGCUGCGGGGAUGCGUGGGGGCAUCACUUUCAAAACUAAAGUGGUGCCAGGCGGACAGAUGAGUCCUUGAUCUUGUUUCCUGAUCUUGUUUCCAUUUGACUGAAUUCUGAACCUUCAUUGUCUUCACAGUCUUGCCACUUUCCUAGUGAGGCUUUUCCGAACCUGGAAGGAGACGUCUAGAAAUCCCAGCUUUGCUGUGUAAGGACCAUUAGCUGCAAGUCAGUGGAAGUCUAUAGAAAGCAGUGUGAAUUCCAUAGUGGUCUUGACUUAGCAAGGAUUUGGGAUAAGUCUAAAACUUCAGACUUAAAGCUUUGAAACAUGUUAACUGCAUGAAAUAUUAAACAUUUCGAACUUC